CGGGUGAUUAACCAGAUACUCGAGUGAUUAACCAGAUACUCGAGUGAUUAACCAGAUACUCGAGUGAUUAACCAGAUUCUCGGGUGAUUAACCAGAUUCUCGGGUGAUUAACCAGAUUCUCGGGUGAUUAACCAGAUACUCGGGUGAUUAACCAGAUUCUCGGGUGAUUAACCAGAUACUCGAGUGAUUAACCAGAUUCUCGGGUGAUUAACCAGAUACUCGGGUGAUUAACCAGAUACUCGUGUGAUUAACCAGAUUCUCGAGUGAUUAACCAGAUACUCGGGUGAUUAACCAGAUUCUCGAGUGAUUAACCAGAUUCUCGAGUGAUUAACCAGAUACUCGGGUGAUUAACCAGAUUCUCGGGUGAUUAACCAGAUUCUCGGGUGAUUAACCAGAUUCUCGAGUGAUUAACCAGAUUCUCGGGUGAUUAACCAGAUUCUCGGGUGAUUAACCAGAUUCUCGGGUGAUUAACCAGAUUCUCGAGUGAUUAACCAGAUUCUCGGGUGAUUAACCAGAUUCUCGGGUGAUUAACCAGAUUCGAGUGAUUAACCAGAUUCUCGAGUGAUUAACCAGAUACUUGAGUGAUUAACCAGAUUCUCGGGUGAUUAACCAGAUUCUCGAGUGAUUAACCAGAUUCUCGAGUGAUUAACCAGAUACUCAAGCUCUGUUAAAAUGACUGUCUUCAAAAUGGAAAGCAGUCGGUAGGAGGCAAGAUCAGGUGGGACCAUUCUAGCCAAUGAGAGGACAGAUCUCCGAUAUAAAGUAAUUUUUUUCUCUCAAUUGUUUCCGCGAUAUCACGUGUCCUACUUAUACCGGUAACGUUACACUCAUAACAACUUAAACAAUAUGAAACUUCUAUUCGAUCAAAUAAGCCACACCUUGCAAAUAAACCAUUACUUUUUUUGUUAACCAAAUUCCACACUCAUUGUAAAUCAGAAUUUGUUCUUCUUCACUGACUUGCCUAGUUUAAAUAAAGGUUAAAAAAAAAAAACUUUCAAAAAACGCCACCUGCUGGAUAAGACAGAUUUUGGGCCCAUUUAUCAAUCUCUCUUCGUCUCAACCUCUGAUUAUCAUCAUCAUCAUCCUCCCAGGCCAGCUGUGCUGUUUUAGCUGAUCGCAGUUUAUGCGAUAACAGAGGCAACCGAAGGUUUGGUUUCCAGAGCCCUUAUUUUUCUCGCUUGGUAAUGGAAAUGGGCCUUGUUAAUAAAAGUUCUGCAACUGGCUAGUUCGAGCUAGCUAGUGAGCUAACUACACGGAUUUGUUUUGUGCGUGCCUGUGGUCUUUACAGCCAGAAAGGAAACAUUACGUUUCCCCGCUUUGAUAUUUGAUACUUUUUUUUAUCUACCUCUAGAGUCUAGAUACUCGUAGCUUUUGAACGGACAUAAUUAUUGGACAGAAUGUAUUAUUUUGGCUGAGGACAGAGCAUGACAGACAUUAUUAUAACCAUCAUUCAUCUACCCUGGUGCUCCGUUCAGUCCAAUACGCCGCGGUGUGAGUAGCCCAUCCGGGAAGCGCACAUCAGCAGAGGACCAUCCUAUGCGCCUCUUGGGUGUCGGGGGCGAGAGGUGCUAACUAUUCCCAGAGCAAUUACGUCGGAGGGAGAGGACGACGUUGCCUUGCCAUCUCAGGAUUAAACCAUGGCUAAUGAACCUGUCAUCCUUAAUGUGUAUGAUAUGUACUGGAUCAACGAGUACACUUCCACUCUGGGUGUUGGAGUCUACCACUCAGGCAUUGAGAUCUAUGGCCGAGAGUUUGCGUAUGGAGGUCACCCGUACCCGUUUAGUGGUGUAUUUGAAAUAAACCCUGGAAACACCACUGAAUUAGGAGAGACCUUCAAAUUCAAGGAGGCCAUCGCUUUGGGCACAACAGACUUUGCUGUGGAGGAUCUGGAUAAAAUCAUGGAGGACCUGGGAACAGAUUUCAAGGGCAACUCCUACCAUCUAAUGCACAAGAACUGCAACCACUUCUCAUCCUCGCUGUCUGAGCUGUUGUGUGGGCGUGAGAUCCCUCGCUGGGUGAACCGCCUGGCCUACUUCAGCUCCUGCGUGCCCUUCCUCCAGACCUGCCUCCCUAAGGAGUGGCUGACCCCCGCUGCCCUCCAGAGCCACAUCAGCAUGGGGCUCCACAAGGAGGCCGGGGAGUCCAGCGACGAGGACCCCAACUCAGCCUCCGGGACCGCUGGGGCGGGCACCGGAUCCUCACACAGCUGUCGCCAUACACGGGUCUGAACCAAUGACUGUAUAGGUCUGAAGAGAACAGCCAAUAGGACUCUCUUUCAAUGACCUUUGACCUCUGGACCAGAAGGUCACCAGCUCAGCCCUGCAGGGGAUGUGUAGUGAUAUUACAUCUGUGGGCCUGACUGAAUAACCACCUGACCUCAUAGUACCACCACUCUGAGAACAGAGAUGGGGGACGGAUGAUUAGUUAGCCUGCUAGUACUAACUCAUAAAGCCGCCGGGCCAAGGGGACCUGCGAAAUCCUCUUGGAUCCUUUUCCUGCUUUUCUCCCUUUUUUUAGAGUACGGUAGAUAUAUUCUGAAGGAUUUGUUAUAGGCGUUGACAAACUAACUCAGACCAUGGCAUGGUUCUCUCAGAUUGACCACAGCUACGUUAUGUAGGGACGGCAGGGUAGCCUAGUGGUUGGAGCGUUGGACUAGUAACCAGAGUUCAAAUCCCUGAGCUGACAAGGUACAAAUCUGUUCCUAGGCCGUUAUUGAAAAUAAGAAUUUGUUCUUAACUGACUUGCCAAGUUAAAUAAAGGUAAAAUAUGUACUAUAGGGCUGGGGUACUUUCUAGUGUUUGUCUUUUUCCCAGGAAUUUUUAAACCUUUGUCAGCCUUCAUCCCUAACGCCCUCCUUCCAGAGCAGCUUCUUCUUUAGACUAGAUGUAUAUCUGACACCACAGAGAUACACCCUAGGCCAAUUUCGGGAUGCAGUCUUAAGUCUGAGACCACUGGUAUUGUGGCAUUAGCAGAAGAGGUUCAAUAACUCCCUUACUUGGCCUUCAGUUGUAAUCAUCAGUGAUGCCUGUUUUGUUGAUGUGUUGGGGUAAGUUAAUAUGCUGGCCAUUUUAGAAGUUGAAGAAGCACAACCAUACAUAGCGAUAUAUAUUCUCUGUUUGGGAGUAACUACCUGUGGGUUGUUUUGAACGAGGACGUUUCUGUUAAACGUCAUUCUUAACUGAAAACAAUGUGCCUAAGAAACAGAGGAUUCGACAACAAGAAGUGAAGACAUCUAAAUAUAAUCUCUGAUCAUAUUCAUUUUAUCAUAUGAAUAUUUAUAUUAGGGUGUUAUUUGUCCAUAGCAUGGUCUCGUGCAUUGUUUAACAAGAUGAUGUCUGCACCCCAUGUAUUUUGCCAAUUUACCACCAUUGUGAAUAACACUGUCAGAUGACUCUGAAAGUUGCAUUUACACUCUUCUUCCAUGGAAAUCUUUCAUGAUGAAACUCCUAGUAACUGUUGAAUCACAGGCCUUGGGUGACACUCCCCGCUGCCUCCCCUACUGCCUUCCCAGCUGAUUUCACAGAGUGAUUGAGUUGGUGUGUAUGGGGGGGGGGCUGGGUUACAGUGGGAGCAUUGUGUGAAGGAAAAGGGGUUUUGUUUUCUAAAUGUCUUUUUGAAUUGAUGUGGAAAUGUCUCUGAAUGAGUCGGAUUUACACACGUGCUCCCUGAAACAAGGGGGAAGUGGUCCUACCAGUCAAGUUCUGGACUAGUGUACUAAACUGACUACUAUUCCAUUAAA